AUGUCAGAGACUCUCCUAGAUACGCUAUCUGUGGAAGUUGACCACUUGAUAGGGUCAGGUGAACGUGAAUUGAAUCUCCUUCAAUCCGAAUCUGAUAGUUUAUUGCACUAUCUACAAGAAAUAGAACAAUCAUUAGUCAAGAACAUUGAACUUGAGUCGGAUACAGCAACAACUGACACUAAACAACUUGACAAUCUCACUAAGUCCUGGUACAACGGGUCCAUUGGCCAUUUGAAAUCGUACAACUCCUCCAUAAAUCGAUGCUACAAAUCAGUUCUUUCUAAUUCUAAAUUCAAUAUUGACUUGGAUGAUGCAUAUUCUUAUCCAUUGAGACUCGACAAUUUUCCAGUAUCAGUGACGCCAACCAUCACCAAGUACUUGGAUGUUGAGCUGGAGAAGGAUAUAGAAGAUCGUAAGACUGUGGUCAGGAUCAAAAAUCGUGAGUAUCUAUUGAAAUCCAUCAUCUUACAUUUAUUGAAGAUUGGACAAUGUGAUAUUGUCGAAGAAUUCGUUAAGGAAUUGCCAUUGGAUUCAGAAGUGACCAUUGAUCAAUCCUUGCUUAACAAAUUCGAACGACUUAAAACCAUCGUGGAUAAUAUAGUGAUAAAUCACGACUUAACCCAGGCAUUGGAAUGGUUCAAAGACAAGUAUAAUGAAUCAGUCAGUUUGUCCUCUGGUAUUAGUCUGGCUUCAAGUUCUUAUCACUCAAGUUAUAAUGAAAUUGAAUUCAAAUUCCAUAUGUUACAGUUUAUUCUUCUACUAAAUGGGAAUGGAACUGAUUUCUGCAUAGAAAACUCAUUAAAGGCAUACUUAUAUUCCAAAGAGAACUUCACGAGGUUCUUUAAAGACUAUCUACAUGAAUUAUCUCCAUUGAUGACACUAUUGCUUUUCGAGACUGAUAAGAACUACGAUGAGGGUACAGAUGUAUUUUCACAGAAGCAUGUCAAGGGAAUGGUGGGGGUAUUUUUGGAAAAGUUGAAGCAUAGCUACAACUUGGAGAUCUCUAGCAGAGGCGCAAAUCAGGGUGAGUCUAGAUUUGUUUACGAACUUUUGAACAGUUUUGAACGCAUCCAUGACAAUCAAGCAUUGUUUGUCAAUCUAUCGAACGAGUUUAUUUCUGAGUAUUGCAAAGACUUGAAGCUUUCAAACGAUAGCUCUUUGUUCCAAAGUAUAUUGGCUGGACUUAUAUACUUACCAAGUUUCUACAAGUAUAAGAAGAUCCAAAUGAAAAUGAACAAAGUGUUGGAAGAAAAACCAAAAGAUGCUGAUCUGGAAUUCCUGGAGAGUUUCGGGGAAGCACCUUAUCACUAUGACUUGCCUUUCCAGUUGCCAGACUCAAACCGCUUCCUAUUCAAUUAUCAUCCUAUUUUUGUUUGCCCUGUGUCCAAGGACCAAUUAGUUCCAGGAUUACAAUACUACGGGAACCAGUCUAGUUUGAACCCUUCAUCUGGGCCACAGGUAAGUCCUGUGGUGGUGCUCAACUUCUGUAACCAUGUGGCUUUGAGAGAGAGCAUAUGGCAGUUAUCCAAGAAGGGGACGGAGAUAUUCAAAUGUCAUUACUGUUACAAGAAACAUGAGUACUCGAAUGUAACGGAUGCCUACUUUAUCGACUUGUGA